AUGUCCACCACCUCCGCACCCACCGACUACACCGCCCCCGCGCGCGCCGUCAUCCAGCCCGACCCCGCGACCUCCGCCCUGGUCGCCACCACCCUGCCUCUCCCCGCCCCCAGUGCAGACGACUACAUCAUCGCCGUGCGCGGAACCUCGCCCUGUCUUGGCGAGCUGACGUGGGAGCUCGCGUUCCCCACGCUCUUCACGCACCGCACCCACCGCGUGCCGGGCACGGAGGGCGCCGGCGUCGUGCUCGCGUCGCCCGCCGGCGCCGCCUUCGCGCCGGGCGACGCCGUCAUGUUCCGCCUCGACGCGUGGCUUUCCGGCACACUGCGCGAAGUCACGCUCGUCCCCGCCGCUAAUGUUGCACGCAAACCGCAAAGCCUUGGGUGGAGUGAGGCGAGCGCGACGCCGCUCUCGAGCCUCACGGCAUGGCAGGGGCUAUUUGAGCAUGGCGUGUUGGACGCGGAGGGCAUUGAAGGCAAGGGGGGCAAGGGGAACGAUGGGAAGAAGGUGCUCGUGACGGGCGCGAGUGGGUCGGUGGGGAUGUGGGCGCUGCGGUUCGGCACGGCCGCGGGCGCGACGAUGGUCGCGCUGGGCAGCGGGGCGAAAGGGGAUGAGAUGCGGGCAGCCGGCGCGGCUGAAGUUAUCGACUAUCGGACGCAGCGGGUGGACGAGUGGGCGAAGACAAAUGCCGUCGACCAAGUCCUGGACUGCACGGGCAAGGACACGGGCGCGGUGUGGGCCGCGCUCAAGCCCGGCGGGCGGUUUUUGUCGGUGUGCGUCGACCCGACGCAGACACAGCCGCAGGAUAAGCACGUCCAAGUCGCCAAGUGGUUCCUCGUGUCGCCGCGCGGGAGCGACCUCGCGCGUAUCGCCGACCUCAUUGAUGCGCAUGGAUGGCGCCCUAUCAUCGAUAGCGUCGUGCCGUUUGACGAGUUCCAGGCCGCGUACGAUAAGGUCGACGGCGGCAAGGCCGCGGGCAAGGUCGUCAUCACCGUGGCGGAGGAGUAGUGGAGAGCAGCUGCGUGGGAAGCGGUGCGAUGCACGCGUGAGGAGUCGUGUCGGAAGGCGAGGGCUUGCCCCUCCUCAUGGUCCCAUGGAUCUGUGG